CACAAACUGACCUGAGACAUCAGCCAGAAGUCAACUGUGACUACGAACAACAAGAGCAUAAAGGAUGGCAGACGCAGCCGUUGCAGCUCCCGCCGACAAGAAGGCCCCUCCCAAGUUCAAGCAGAGGGCUGCUCGUACCUUCAAGAGCAAGGCCCCUAAACCAGGCCAGAAGGGAUUCGGAGAUGACAUCCCCGGCAUGGAGGGUCUUGGCACAGACAUCACAGUGGUUUGCCCAUGGGAAGCCUUUGGCGACAUGGAGCUCAGCGACCUGGCGAAAUAUGGAAUUGUCUAGAAACCCAUUUGAACCCAAAAUAUUUCACCUCCCUGCGCUGAUUUUCCAUCACCCAGUCCUCCUCUCUCACCUUGUUCUCCUUCGCACACCUAAAUACCUGACCUGAUGUCUGUUGUUGUGUUAGGGCCCACAUGGCUUUUGGGAAAAGUUGCACAAAAAAAGCAAAACCCAAUGCUGAUCUCAAAAAGUUGAUAAAUUGGCAAAUAUAAUUUAUAUAUUAUAUUAUUUAUAUAUGCUUCACUGAGGCGCCCAUGCUUUGAGCAAUGACUCCAAACGCCCUGCCCCAUACUUUGCACUUGGCUUGUGAAAUUUCUGAGAUACAGUGAGCUAAAUCUGUUGUAAGCAGGUCUGAUCACUGUUUUGCAGUAUAUCACCACCAAACCAUCGCUCCUAUCUCCUGCCUUUUCUACUCCUCCUCCUCUUUGGAGCUAAUCCUUUUUAAUGUACAGAUGUUUAUGAUAUAAAUAUAUAUAUGAAUAUUUCUAUUUUUAUGAAUUAUGAAUGUACAUUUGUGCACACUAUCAAGGGAUAGUGAGUAGAGCUGUCAAUAAAUAUU